AUGCUUCGUCGUCUCGUGACCGGUGCCGGCGGAGUCCAAGCAAGCGGCGGUGUGGGAAGAUCGAGGUAUGUUUUCUUCGUUUGCGACCUGUCUCUUCCUCUCUUCAAAAAUUCGAGGUAUCAAAUCGCGUUUGAGCGCACGGACCACCAGCUCCGACGCGCUUUCGAGCUCACACCUCAAACGCCGACGUCGACCUCGACCAACCAUUCCAUUGACCAGCCUCUCACCUUUUACGACACACCGCUGACCCCAUUGCUGCAGUGGCGCACCGCGUGCGACCUCUACAAGCGCAAGCUAACAUCCACGACAGCCCCGAUCUCUGACGACGAAAGCGACGGUCCCGACGCGAUCCCAGCCAAGGGCAAGAUUCCUACCAAGGCCGAUGUAGCAGCUGCCGAAGAGGAAGAGGAAGAUGACGAUGAGGAAGACGCAGACGGCGAGGAGUACAAGGUGGAGAGGAUCCUCGGGCACAAGCACAUGAAAGGCGUGUUGCAUUAUCGGAUCAAGUGGCUUGGGUACGACGAUGAAGCAGAUCAGACAUGGGAGCCGAUCGAGCACCUCGACAAUGCUAUGGGCAUUGUUGCGGAGUACCACGACACGAUCGGCGGUCCGCCCGCCUCAAGCUCGCAAAAGAAAGGCGGCAAGAGGUCAGCCUCUGCCGCUAAUCUCGACUCCCCCGCCGUCAAGCCCUCAGCCAAGAAGAAGGGUCGACAGUCAGAGACCAACGGCGUCACAACCGCGAAGCUGCCCGAAGGCUCGUGGGAAAGCCAUGUCCUCCGCGUCCACACCGUCCUGGAGGAAUCGAAGCCUUCGACAAAGCCCGCCAAGGGCACCAAAGACAUCCGCACGCUCCUCGGCCUGAUCGAAUGGAACGACGGCACCAAGACCCAGCAUCCUCUCGCGGUCCUACGUAGGAAGUGUCCGCAGAAGAUGCUGGACUAUUACGAGCAGCAUCUUGUCUUUCGACCGACGACAGCAACGGAUGAUGAGGAUGCUGAUGCUGCUGUUGUGAAGGGGGAGGAUCUGUGA